AUGCUGACAAACCCAGAUACUGACAAACCAUCUAAUUUUGUCUACCCUCUCAUAGACAAACCUGCAAAGUUUGAGUACAAGCUUGUCAAUCAAAAUGGAAAGUUGGUUGAGGUUCCUCUUCACAAAGAAUACCAGAGGUUGUCACUACUUGAACCACAGCAAAAUCGGCACCGACAACGAUUUGCCAUGGAGCAGUCGGAAUCGGGUGACCUCACAAUGACUGAACAUUUCCGAGAAAACUCACGCAAGAGAAAUGCGGGAGACGAUGACUCAGUGGAGCGUGAUAGCAUGGUAUCCUGUGAAGAUAUUACUUCCUCAGAUACAGACUCCAAUACUCAAAUUUCAGCCCUGUCACGGGUACAUUCGUAUCGAACGAAUGGUCUCGUACACCCACCAACGAAAAAGCGAUUGACGUCGGGGUACGACCUGAUAGGUUCAGCAAGUUUUCAAGUGGAGUCACCUGGUAGUAUGGCUACUACAAUAGCGCCCAAUGGGAAUAACAACAUUAGCACGGUGGAUCUUAAUGAUACAGUUCGAGAAGAGCACAGAAACGUGCAAAGUAUCAGUCAUCCUGGUGCUAGUACCAAUGCACCUGAAACGAAUAGUACCAAUAAUCAGAAUGUUACUCCUUUACGUGAUCAACUACGUCGUCCAAAAACGCCAAAUACAAUCAACUCUCCCAGUCAAACCCCAGUUUCAGAUAUGGAGGAAGACCCAAUUCAACAGCUACCAUUACCCUCCCCCAGUGCGUCACCUAUUCAGCUGGAUCAUGAAAACGAUGAUGACGUAGCUUCAGAAACCCCUGGAAGAAUGUCUCGAAGGUUGGAUGUGGAGAUUAUUGAUAAUCACAUGGCAACUGUACCUGGAACACAAGCAGAGUUGAUCAACACGAUUGACCAUUUAUCCCAGUUUCUCACACCGCAAAACCAAAAUCAUUUGAUUUUCCGGUUGUUGCAGAAAACUAACCGUUCGUCAUUAAGUACUUUUAAUGGUUUGCUCAAUGAUUCGUUAAAACGUGACUUGAUUGGUAAUCUACCCGUUGAAAUUGCCAUGAAAGUUUUAUCUUAUCUUGAUGCGGCAACGCUUCUCUCCAUAUCGAAAGUAUCCAAAAAAUGGUUCAAAAUCAUCAACAACACUGCUCUAUGGAAAAACUUGUUGAAGAAAGACAAAUUGAUUACUGAUGAGGCUGUAAUUAAAUAUGAAUUGAAAGAUACAAAACAGUUAGUUGAUGAGUGGUGCACUUUACCUGGCAAUAUUAAUCCCGCACAAGUGUUGUACAAGAAACGAAGAAUGAUUGUUAACAGAUGGUUAGACCCAACAUACAAACCAAAGAGAAUAAGUGUUAAAGGACAUGGUAAUAAAGUGGUUACGUGUUUACAACAUGAUGAGGAAAAAAUCGUCACUGGGGUUGAUGACAAGUACAUCCUUAUAUAUAGCACCCACACUGGUGAGUUGAUGAAAGUCUUGGAAGGACACGAAGGUGGGGUUUGGGCUAUGAAGUAUUACGGAAACACAUUGGUCACUGGCUCGACUGAUCGGUCGGUGCGAAUUUGGAAUAUGGCCACUGGGAAAUGUACGCACGUAUUUCGCGGUCACACGUCUACCAUCAGGUGCCUUGACAUAAUCACACCUUCGGUCAUUGGAAAAGAUUCUCACGGCCAAGACAUUGUUUUCCCAGAGCAUCCACUAUUGGUCACCGGAUCUCGCGAUCACAAUAUACAUGUUUGGAGAUUACCCAUUCUUCCUGAGGACGCGGUUGACGAAGUCACAUUUGAUAGUGGAGAUAGUGAAAACCCAUACUUGAUUGCGGUUUUAACUGGGCAUACCCAGUCCGUCCGCUCUUUAUCAGGUUAUGGAAACAUUAUUAUUUCCGGUUCUUAUGACUCAACCGUACGGGUGUGGGAUUUGCUUGAUAAUGGAAGAUGCAAACACAUAUUGCAAGGUCAUCAAGAUAGAGUUUAUUCAACGGCAAUAGAUUACGAUAGAAAAGUUUGCUUUUCAGGAUCGAUGGAUUCGACGAUAAACAUAUGGAAUUUUGAAACUGGUGAGUUAUUAAAAGUGUUGGAAGGGCAUUCAUCGUUGGUUGGUUUAUUGGCGUUGGUUGAUGGUGUAUUAGUAUCUGCUGCUGCUGAUGCAUCGCUAAGAAUUUGGGACCCUGUAUCAGGCGAGUUGAGAAGUAAAUUGAGAGGUCAUGCCGCUGCGAUAACGUGCUUUGAGCACGAUGGAUUGAAGGUGGUUAGUGGGAGCGAAAAAAUGCUCAAGCUCUGGGACGCGCAACGAGGGGAAUUUGCAAGAAACUUGUUGGAUGAUGUUACAGGUGGUAUUUGGCAAGUGCGGAUUGAUUACAAGAGAUGUGUUGCGGCUGUACAAAGAGUCAACAGUGCCGAUGAAGGUGAAACAUUUAUUGAGAUUUUAGACUUUAGUGAACUUCCAAAGUUCAAAAGUUGA